AUGCCCAAGAAACUCUCCAAGGCUCCCCAAGGGGGAAGCACGCCCUCCACCUCGACAACAAGCUCCCUCGCCCUCCCCCGCAUCCUCACCGACGAGCUCCCACUCCCGAAACUGAUCGUCUUCGAUCUCGACUACACCCUCUGGCCCUUCUGGGUAGACACCCAUGUCGCGGGCCCUCUGAAGGCGAACUCUGCACACUCGGCCGCCACCGACCGCCACAGCGAAUCUUUCGCCUUCUACAACGACGUCCCGCGCAUCCUGUACACCCUACCCCUCGCCGGGAUCAAACUUGCCGUCGCGUCGCGCACAAGCGCACCCGAUCUGGCGCGCGACAUGCUGAAGCUCCUCCACGUACCGCCGCCGAGCGCGGAAGAGGGCGGCAGCGGGAAGAAGGAGAAGACGAGGAAGGCGCUCGAGUUCUUUGAUGGCGGGCUGGAGAUUUACCCUAGCAGUAAGAUCCGCCAUUUCGAGGCGAUAUUCCGAAAGACGGGCAUUCCGUACACCGACAUGCUCUUCUUUGACGAUGAGAGCCGGAAUCGUGAUACGGAGAGUUUGGGGGUUACGAUGUGGCUUGUCAGAGACGGUGUUUCGUGGCCCGAGAUCGAAAAGGGCGUUGCCGAGUGGCGGAAGAGGCGGGGAUACACUUGA